AUGGCUGCAACGACACCACGGCGCUCUUUACGAAUUCCUCACACCCAUACCCCGAAAAUGUCUGAACGAAAAAAAGGGCUAUUUUUGGGCGAAAGCGAUGCUUCUAUGGAUUCAUUAACGAAACAUCGUCACCUCCCAGUGGUUAAUAGUGAGAGUGACAGCGAUGACUGCGACCUGGGCAUCAUCAGUACCUUGGACUCAAGCUCUGGAGAGGACUCUGACCAUAAUUUUCCUAAAACUCCGGAGAGAUUCCUUAGGCAUGAAACAAGAAGCCACACUAAGAAGUUGAGAGAGACUCAAGAAUUAAAGAAUUUCAUGAAAUCCCCAUUCACACUAAAGAAAUACACAACUCGUUAUUCCUGUCCGGAGCCUAGAUACUCCCUAUCAACCCCAGCUACCCCUCACUUAAAUAACCACCCUGCUACACCCUCAUCUACACAUUCCUGUGCAAGUGCACACACAACCUCGUCAACAUCAAGCAAAGCUCGUAAAAGCUUAGCAAGUCUAAUUGCUGACACGGAAAGUUGUAGUAGCUCUUUGAAAGACCUUAACUUUGAUACAGACUCUGGGUCUGACUCAAAAGAAAAUACCCCAACUAAGUCCCUUAGGCAGUCAUCAAGACUGCAGAAAAUGACUCCUAAACUUCAAAGUUUCAAAGGUAUAUUGGUGGAACAAAAGAAAAAUAUGUCUCCCAUAAAAAAUGCAGUUGUCUGUUUGACUAAGAUGGAUAUGAGUAACUACAUAUCACCGACACAAAUGCUAAAAACCCCUCAUAAUAUAUCUGAAAAUAAAUCUCCACCCAAACUAGGUCAUAACCGUCGUUCAAUUGUUGAAAUCGAAGAAAGCCCUGAACCAAUUAAUGAUAGCGAAAAGAGUCAUAAGAGAUUACAUUAUGACGGCAUGUCAGACAGUGGUCCAGUAUCAAAACAUCCAAGACUAGACACUACUGCUCCUAAAGCACGCCUCUCAUUAUUCAAUAGUGAUAGACUUAAAGAAAUACUAUCGACUAAAUCUUUCUAUGGCAAAACCAACCCAGAUAUGAAUGUUAGUAUCACUAGUAGAAUAUCUAAAGCUAUAGAAGUAUCAACUACCCAUCGCCGUCGACUCUUCAGCUAUACUCAAUCUCAAAGGCGUAAGAAAAAGCCUGGCCAAAUCAACAUGGGCGUCAGACACAAGAUUCGUAAGCCGAAAAUGAACAAAUCUAAAAUUUUAAAUAUGAAAAUCUUCAACAAUUCUGCUCCCGCUGUUUUAAAUACAAGUGCAUUAAACAGUAGCGUCACUUCCAAGUCUGAGAAUAAUGAUGUUUCAAUUUUGAACCAAUCUUCAAUUGAUGACAAAGCAGAUCCAUUCAACAAGGAAAAGCAAACAAUCGAAGCUCUCCUCAGUCAAUGGACAGAAGAGGAAGUACCAGAAUCUGAGUUGACUUAUGCAAAACCUCAACAAGAAUUACCGUGCUUUAACAGCAAUGUUAUUGAAGCAACAAGCCAGAUAUUCCAACCGAUCACAGCCACACCAGUCAUAACAGAUACUUACAAACCUCAGGAUACUGCAGUUAUCAUUGAAUUAGGAGCUCAACAAAGCACCGUACCAUCCCAAAAUUCAAAUUCGACACAAAACUUGCAAACUACUGAGCAAAGGGUUUCAGAACCAUUAAGCGAAGGUCAAGAUGUGAUUAUGGAGGAAGGUCACACGUCAAGCCAUGGUGAUUUACCUAAAAGUGGGGAGUUUUUACCUGUAGAGGGAGGUUAUAUAUUUGUCGGUGGGGAUGUUGUACCUGGUCAGAAAGAAAUCCCAGAUUUGGAUGAAAUUGAACGAGAACUCAAGAUGCUAGAUGAGCAAAUAUUACAAAUGGCGCAGUCGAAUAAUAUCGAUGCUGGGGCUGUACUAGCAUCCACUGAAUCAGAGCCUGUUGUAACUGAUUUAUUGGUGGAUAAUGGUGGCAAAACACAAAAACUGUUCCCAAUAUUCAGUAAACCGAACCCAGGAAUAAGCAACAGUCCUAACAGCUCUAAAGAAAAGUCAAAGAGGUCUCUAUUAAAAAGUUCAAGCAAUCAAUACAUGAUUGACGCCGGGCAAAAGAAAUUUGGAGCAACACAGUGCAGUGAAUGUAGUGUAAUUUAUGAGAUUGGUAAUCCACAGGACGAACAUGAUCAUCUAGUUCAUCACAAUGCAACAGAUGUUCUGAAAUUUAAUGGUUGGAAGGAAGAAUGCGUCGUAGACAAAAUGGAUAAUAGUCGUAUAAUCCGUGUGAGAGGCAGUGACCCGGGCUGGAAACGAGUACAGACACUACUGACGCGACUUAUUCACCCGCAGCUGGGAUGUGCCUUGGAGCUACCGAGAAAACCACAUAUUUAUACUGCAUAUCUGUGUAUAGAACAGAAGCAAAUAGUGGGCUGUUUAAUAAUGGAGCCCAAGACGAGGGCCUACAAGCUUAUACCCGGAGACCCUGACUGCUGUAGUGUUGAAGAUUAUCCAGUGAAGUGUGGUGUAGCUCGUGUAUGGACGCACUCGUCUCACCGCAGGCGUGGGAUAGCGGUCCGCUUGCUCCAAUGUGCCAGGGCCUCUCUGCUGCACGGCUGUGCCCUCACCAAGGAAGACAUGGCCUUCAGCGCGCCCACGCCCCAGGGCAAAGCCCUAGCCACCGCCUACUGCGCUACUCCUAACUUCUACGUGUACCUCGACUGA